AGCUUGGCUGCACCCACGUGUGGCGGAGUUAAAUGCUCAGAGCCCGCACCAGAGCUCGGGCAGAGCAGCAAGAAGCGGCCCCAUGGCUGGUAAGAAAGUCUGCAUUGUCGGCUCUGGCAACUGGGGCUCAGCCAUUGCCAAGAUUGUGGGUAGCAAUGCAGCCCAGCUGGCACACUUUGACCCGCGGGUGACCAUGUGGGUGUUUGAGGAAGACGUCGGGGGCAGAAAGCUAACAGAGAUCAUCAACACGCAGCAUGAGAAUGUUAAAUACCUGCCAGGACACAAGCUGCCCCCCAAUGUGGUGGCCGUUCCAGAUGUGGUCCAGGCUGCUGCAGAUGCUGACAUCCUGAUCUUCGUGGUGCCCCAUCAGUUCAUCAGCAAGAUCUGUGACCAGCUCAAGGGUCACUUGAAGGCCAACGCCAUCGGCAUAUCUCUUAUUAAGGGGGUAGACGAGGGCCCCAAUGGGCUGAAGCUCAUCUCUGAAGUGAUUGGGGAGCGCCUUGGCAUCCCCAUGAGUGUGCUGAUGGGGGCCAACAUUGCCAGCGAGGUGGCUGAUGAGAAGUUCUGUGAGACCACCAUUGGCUGCAAGGAUAUGGCACAGGGACAGCUUCUGAAAGAGCUGAUGCAGACUCCCAAUUUCCGUAUCACAGUGGUACAAGAGGUGGACACGGUUGAGAUCUGCGGGGCCUUAAAGAAUAUAGUGGCCGUGGGGGCUGGCUUCUGUGAUGGGCUGGGCUUUGGCGACAAUACCAAGGCAGCAGUGAUCCGUCUGGGGCUCAUGGAGAUGAUCACCUUCGCCAAGCUCUUCUGCAGUGGCCCUGUGUCCUCUGCCACCUUCUUGGAGAGCUGCGGCGUGGCUGACCUUAUCACUACCUGCUACGGAGGGCGGAAUCGCAAGGUGGCAGAGGCCUUCGCGCGCACUGGGAAGUCCAUUGAGCAGCUGGAGAAAGAGAUGCUGAAUGGGCAGAAGCUGCAGGGGCCCCACACGGCCCGGGAGCUACACAACAUCCUCCAGCUAAAGGGCUUGGUGGACAAGUUCCCCCUGUUCACAGCUGUAUACAAGGUGUGCUAUGAGGGCCAGCCAGUGGGUGAAUUCAUCCACUGCCUACAGAAUCAUCCACAACACAUGUGAGUGUCUUGGCCAAGGCCCAGGCCAGGCAGCUUCUUUAUCCCAACGGAGACAAACCGAAUCUGGAGAUCCCUGGACACCGGGAAGCUCUCCAGGACUCCCCACGGAGCAGCCUUUUCAUGGAGGGACCCUGGAGGAGGCUGUGGGGUUCAGCUGCACACCUGGAGCUGUGGAACCUUCUUGCAGAAGUGGAGCUGCCCUGCCCCUAUCCAGACAAGGAGCACUCUCACUGUCCUCUGGGAGGGGGGCCAGCGUCCCGCCCCGGGGCUGCCUGCUCCAGGUGUGAGUGGAUGGGGAAAGGGAAGGGAGGGCACUAGGUGAAGGUUUACUAGUGGCUGCCUCACACAGACCAAGAAUCUGUCCCCAAAUCCGUCAGUGACUAAAGAAGUACCUUAACCACAGGAAGGAUGAGGCAAAGCCUGCCAAGAGAAGGGUCUGGAUGUCUGAGGGGACACAGCCCCCAGAGACCUGUUGGCCAACCUCUGCUAGGCCCCACACAGCCUCAAUGAUCUCAGUGUUUGUUAACAAAUACAAAGAUCUCAAACAA